UCCGCGCCGCUGUGGAGGGCGCCCUGGCCCUUGCCGAGCCGCAACAAUAGUGGGAGCGGGCCGCCGGACGCGAUCGGCCGGCGAGGGGAGACGGGAACGACGGUCCCGGGCGCUGCGGCGUGAGAGACUUUGGGAGCCUGGACGUGCAGGAGCACACAAGCGCUGCCUGAGGAAAUUGUCUCAGAAAAAGGCCGAUCUGAGGCUGGGGCUGAGCACGGGACUGGGCUAGGUGGAGGAACCUGCAGGUCGAAAGGGAAAAGGGCAUUUAAGAUAUCCUGGGGUUUUGGCCAAUGCUACCAUUUUGAAGGUAAAAAGCAUUGCGCUUCAGGUGUUUUGUGAUUUUUUUUUUUGUGUGUGUGUGUGUGUGUCUGCACAAUUGGCUCAUUUCAGAAUUCAAAACCUUUAAUGUAAAAGAUCGGUGUCUUGUUUUGAUUUUUAAAAAAUCCACAAAUUUUGCUUCCCAGAGCUCCACUGGACUUCGUGUUGUGUACAUACUGCUGUAUGGUUUUAUUUAUUUUAACUGUGCAAAUCAUCUGGAAGAUUUUUUUUUUUUCUUUCCCCGAGUGCCAUUUCGGAUUUGUUCAGCCCUUUUUUGUUUUGUUUUGUUUUCCUUCCCUGGCAUUUUAAGCAUUUGGGAACGAGAGGUUUUUCAACCUUUGGAGCUUCAGGGUUCCCUUGUCAACAGAAGGACAGCUGGGAAAACUGGAUUGAAAGGAUGGUUUUUAUCUGGCUACAGUUAAGACUGAUAUUUUGAAGUCACAUUCUUUCUGUGGUUCGUUUUUUUAGCCCAGAGUGCUACCCUUAAAGAGAUUUGUGGUUGACGUUUUGGUUUCUAAGAAGGUCAUAGUUUUUCCUCUUUCGUUUCUUUAUUUUUUAUUUUUAUUUUUCCAUUUUCUUCUUUAUUUUCUAAGACAAGGGAAGGGGAGGGUAAGGGUCCAGAAAGGAGGAGACCAUGUUAAGUGGUCGAAGUAGAACCGGUCUGCAGUUACCAGGCUCCUGACAGCUGGAGGAAAAAGGAUUCAGUCUUCAACUUGGGAGGCCUUCCUCCCACCUUCCUUAAAAAUUGCAAGGGAUUCAGGCCUGAUCAAGACGCCCAAAAGAAGCUACAGGAUUCCGGAACUGUGGAGACACCAAGAAACCAUGAGCAUAAGAUUACCCCAUAGUAUAGACAGAUCAGCCAGUAAAAAGCAGUCUCACCUGUCCAGGUUAAGUAGCCUGUCUUCUCUGGGAGACUCUACACCUGAACGCACGUCCCCAUCCCACCACCGCCAGCCCUCUGACGCCUCCGAGACAACAGGUCUUGUUCAGCGCUGUGUCAUCAUCCAAAAGGACCAGCAUGGCUUUGGCUUCACAGUCAGUGGGGAUCGAGUUGUGCUGGUACAAUCUGUGCGCCCUGGAGGUGCAGCCAUGAAAGCUGGUGUGAAAGAGGGUGACCGGAUCAUCAAAGUGAACGGCACCAUGGUGACCAAUAGCUCACACCUGGAGGUGGUGAAGCUUAUCAAAUCUGGUGCUUACGUUGCACUUACCCUCCUGGGCUCUUCUCCUUCCUCCAUUGGUGUCUCUGGGCUCCAGCAGAACCCAUCUCUGGCAGGAAUACCCAGAGUUAACCCCAUGAUUCCUCCACCACCUCCUCCUCCACCCUUGCCACCUCCACAACACAUUACAGGACCCAAACCUCUGCAGGAUCCUGAAGUUCAAAAGCAUGCCACCCAAAUCCUCAGGAAUAUGCUGAGACAGGAGGAGAAAGAGUUACAGCGUAUCUGUGAGGUGUAUAGUCGGAACCCCGCCAGCCUGCUAGAAGAGCAAAUCGAAGGUGCCCGGCGGCGAGUCACUCAGUUACAGCUGAAGAUCCAGCAGGAGACUGGUGGCUCAGUGGACAUUCUUCCACUCUACGGUGACACCAGCCAGAGAACAUCUGAAGGCCGCCUCUCUCUGGAUUCCCAGGAGGCCGACAGUGGCUUGGACUCUGGGACAGAACGCUUUCCCUCUGUCAGUGAGUCUCUGAUGAAUCGGAACUCGGUAUUGUCCGACCCUGGACUAGACAGCCCUCAGACCUCCCCUGUAGUCCUGGCGAGAGUGGCCCAGCACCACAGGCGACAGAGCUCAGAUGCACCCGCGCUCCCACCGGACGACCAGGGUGUAGAUCAAAGCCCAAAGCCUCUGAUUAUUGGCCCAGAGGAAGAUUAUGACCCUGGUUAUUUCAACAAUGAGAGCGACAUCAUCUUCCAAGAUCUUGAGAAACUGAAGUCACAUCCAGCUCACUUGGCAGUUUUUCUGCGUUACAUCUUCUCUCAGGCAGACCCUGGUCCACUGCUUUUUUAUUUGUGUUCAGAAGUUUAUCAACAGACAAAUUCCAAAGAUUUCCAAAGAAAUUUGGGGAAAGACAUCUGGAGUAUUUUCCUAGCAAAAACUGCGCCUCUCAGAGUGAAGAUCCCUGAGAUGUUGCAGGCCGAAAUCGACCUGCGCCUGCGGAAUGGCGAGGAGCCUCGAAGUGUUCUCUGUGAAGCUCAGGAGGCAGUCAUGCUGGAGAUCCAGGAACAGAUCAAUGACUAUAGAUCAAAGCGCACUCUGGGGCUGGGCAGCCUCUAUGGUGAAAAUGACCUACUGGACCUGGAUGGGGACCCUCUUCGAGAACGCCAAAUGGCUGAGAAGCAACUGGCUGCCCUUGGAGAUAUCUUGUCCAAGUAUGAGGACGACCGGAGUGUUCCCAUGGACUUUGCCCUUAAUACCUACAUGGGCCAUGCUGGGAUCCGUCUUCCAGAGUGGAGACCCAUCAGCACAGCAGAAAAGGCCCAGUCUGCUCCUGACAAGGACAAGUGGCUGCCCUUCUUCCCUAAGACCAAGAAGCAGAGCAGCAAUGCCAAGAAAGAAAAGGACGCCUUGGAGGACAAGAAGCGGAACCCCAUCCUCAGAUACAUUGGGAAGCCCAAAAGCUCUUCUCAGAGCACAUUUCAUAUCCCCUUGUCCUCUGUGGAAGUUAAGCCAGGCAGUGUGAGGAACAUCAUUCAGCACUUUGAGAACAGCCAUCAGUAUGAUGCCCCAGAGCCGGGGACACAACGACUCUCAACAGGAAGCUUUCCUGAGGACCUGCUGGAGAGUGACAGUUCACGCUCAGAGAUUCGCCUGGGCCGCUCUGAGAGCCUCAAGGGACGGGAAGAGAUGAAGCGAUCUCGGAAAGCAGAGAACGUGCCCCGAUCUCGAAGUGAUGUUGACAUGGAUGCUGCUGCUGAGGCCACUCGUCUUCAUCAGUCAGCCUCGUCCUCUGCCUCCAGCCUCUCCACCAGGUCUCUUGAGAACCCAACCCCUCCCUUCACACCCAAAAUGGGCCGCAGGAGCAUCGAGUCCCCCAAUCUGGGGUUCUGUACAGAUGUCCUUCCCCACCUUCUGGAGGAUGAUCUGGGCCAGCUGUCUGACCUGGAGCCAGAGCCAGAUGUCCAAAACUGGCAGCAUACCGUGGGCAAGGACGUGGUGGCAGGGCUGACGCAGAGGGAGAUCGACCGGCAGGAGGUCAUCAAUGAGCUGUUUGUGACAGAAGCAUCCCACCUGCGCACACUGCGGGUCCUGGACCUCAUCUUCUACCAGCGCAUGAAAAAGGAGAACCUGAUGCCUCGGGACGAGCUGGCGAGGCUCUUCCCUAACCUGCCUGAGCUCAUAGAGAUUCACAAUUCCUGGUGUGAAGCCAUGAAGAAGCUCCGGGAGGAGGGUCCCAUUAUCCGAGACAUCAGUGACCUCAUGCUGGCUCGGUUUGAUGGCCCUGCCCGAGAGGAACUCCAGCAAGUAGCUGCACAAUUCUGUUCCUAUCAGUCCAUAGCCCUAGAGCUAAUCAAGACUAAACAGCGUAAAGAGAGCCGGUUCCAGCUCUUCAUGCAGGAGGCUGAGAGCCACCCCCAGUGCCGGCGGCUGCAGCUUCGAGACCUGAUCAUCUCUGAAAUGCAGAGGCUCACCAAGUACCCGCUGCUGCUAGAGAGCAUCAUCAAGCACACAGAGGGUGGCACAUCUGAGCAUGAAAAGCUUUGCCGUGCCCGGGACCAGUGCCGAGAGAUUCUCAAGUUUGUAAAUGAAGCAGUGAAGCAGACAGAGAACCGUCACCGAUUAGAGAGCUACCAGAAACGCCUGGAUGCCACUGCCCUAGAGCGGGCCAGCAACCCCUUAGCAGCAGAGUUCAAGAGCCUGGAUCUUACGACAAGGAAGAUGAUCCAUGAGGGGCCCCUGACCUGGAGGAUCAGCAAAGACAAGACCCUGGACCUCCAGGUGCUGUUACUGGAGGACCUGCUGGUGCUGCUGCAGAGACAAGAGGAGAGGCUGCUGCUGAAGUGCCACAGCAAGACAGCUGUGGGCUCCUCAGACAGCAAGCAGACCUUCAGCCCUGUGCUAAAGCUCAACGCUGUGCUCGUCCGCUCCGUGGCCACAGAUAAACGAGCCUUCUUCAUCAUCUGCACCUCUGAACUGGGCCCUCCCCAGAUCUAUGAGCUGGUUGCAUUGACAUCAUCAGACAAGAAUAUAUGGAUGGAGCUCUUAGAAGAGGCUGUGCAGAAUGCCACCAAGCACCCUGGAGCUGCCCCAACAGCCCUCCAUCCCUCACCACCAGGAUCCCAGGAGCCAAUCUACCAGGGCUCCCCCACUAGCAGGGUAGAAAUAAAUGACUCGGACGUUUACCAUACUGAACCAGAACCCAAGGAACUGUCUGGAGGCCCUGGGCCCCCGCAGAGACUUCAAGAAGAGCCUGAGCUGGUAGCACAAGAAGAGCCUGAGCAGGAGGAGGAUGCAGAGGAGCUGAGAGCCCUGCCUCACCCUUCCCCCUCCCUGGAUGGCGAAAACAGAGGCAUCAGGACAAGGGACCCUGUCCUUCUGGCCCUCGCAGGCCCUCUCCUCAUGGAGGGACUUGCUGAUGCUGCCCUGGAGGAUGUGGAGAACUUGCGGCACCUGAUCCUGUGGAGCCUGCUGCCCGGCCACACUGUGAAGACUCAGGCUGCUGGCGAGCCUGAGGAUGACCUCACUCCCACCCCUUCCGUCACCAGCAUCACCUCUCACCCCUGGGACCCAGGGUCCCCAGGGCAGGCGCUCACUAUAGGUGACAACACCCAGCUUCUGAGGCCAGAGGAGGAGGAGGAGGAGGAUGUGGCUCUCUGGUCUCUGGCACACCUGCCCCCAAGGACCAGAAAUUCUGGCAUCUGGGACUCUCCUGAGCUGGCUAGGAAUCCAGCUGAAGAGGCUUCAAGCACAGGACCAGCAGGAAAUUACAAAGUUGUAAGAAAAGUCUCUCUUCCCACUGGUGGUGGUGGUGUCGGUGCGGCCAAGGUGGCGGGCAGCAAAGUUACCCCUGCACUACCAGAGAGUGGCCAGUCAGAGUCUGAGCUAUCUGAAGUGGAAGGCGGAGCACAGGCUACGGGGAACUGUUUUUAUGUCAGCAUGCCAGCAGGACCUCUGGACUCCAGCACUGAACCUACCGGGACACCCCUGAGUCCCUCCCAGCCUCAGCACCAGAGGAGGGGCGUUGGCAAUCAGAUGGGUUCCAGCUCUUCUCCCCACAGCCUGGUCCCCAGGGAUGUGGGUGUUAUCUUCCAUACCAUUGAGCAGCUUACCAUCAAGCUCCACAGGCUCAAGGACAUGGAGCUGGCCCAUCGGGAGCUUCUCAAGUCCCUUGGAGGAGAGUCAUCUGGUGGGACCACUCCUGUGGGCAGUUUUCACACAGAGACAGCCAGGUGGACAGACCACUGUCUCUCUCCUCCAGCCAAGGAAGCCCUGGCCUCUGACUCCCAAACCAGUCAGGAACAGGGGUCCUGCCCUGAAGAAGGCUCCGACAGUGCCACAGAUACAGCUGCAUCACCAGGACCAUAGCCAUCCAGACAACCAGAGCCUCGGCUUCUCCACUCUGCCAGAGUCUGGCCUGAGCCAGAGUGCAACACUAGGAGAGCCAAGCCUCCCCUGGAAAGAUGCUGCAGAGGCCAGGGAGAGACUUGCAUGUUGCUUGGUCUGUUCACAUUGGACAGAGUCCAGUUUCAGUGUCUCUCCCUAUUAGCCAAGUCUCCAUGGUUCUCAUCUCCUAAGCAUGCUGAGCACCACAGAACGGCCUCCUGCAGUGAUCGACCCCUUUACCCCACAUAGCUCCCUGCAUGUGUGGGGUGUGCCGUGUGCAUAGUACCCUCAGGUGUGCAAGUCAGAGGAGGAGGAGGCUCUUGUGUAAAUGCACUUUUUUCCUCUCCUCCUUCCGAGGCCCGAGGCCGCUGCGUGCCUGGCUCUCCUCUCGUCCCUUUGCUUUCCUUUAAAUGUGUCUAUUGUAUGUGCGUUUUUUGCCGUUGUAAAUAACUUAGCCGUUUUUCUGUCCCUGGCAUGCUCACCAGUCAGAGACAGCUAAGAGGAGAGCCAGUCAGCAGCCCAGCAGGGGUGGGGACUGUCUGUGUCCCAGACUCCAGCCCUGCCUGUCAAGCUCCAGGCCCUCCUCUGAAGCCGAGGCCUUCUCAUGUCAGAUGAGCCUGUGGGGAGCGGCUUGCCUGACCCACGCCCACCCCUUCCCUCCCUGCCCCCUAGAAACAAGUACAGCAGGUAGGGAACUCAAAACAGACCCUAAGAGAGCAGAAUCCCUGCGUUACUUCAGGACCCUUCCCCAGGGGUUCUCCAUGUCCUCACUCCACUCCCCACUGGUGAACAUACACACUGUGCUAGGUGUAUAUAUACAUAUAUAUAAAUAUAUAUAAUAUAUAAAAUAGAGAUAUGGAAAUGACUGUUUUGCUGUUAAAAUAAUGUAUACUCUUAUUUUCCUCCUUUCAUGGUUAAGAUUUUUUUAAAGAAAAGUUAAAUAUUC